CACUAUGAACAAUUAGUUAUUAGAAAAUCAACAAUGAAACUGUUAUACACUGUUAUAAUAUUGGGGCUUAUACAAUUGGUUGUUUUAAGGCCAUUGGAAGCUUCCAUUUCAUUGCAGGACGAACUUAUGGAACUAUAUAACUCCGAAUUGGAUAUUUUAGGCAAAGAAUUUUGUGAAAGGGCUAAAGCUAUGAGUAAAAACAUACUGCAAAAUAAAUAUGUACAACAAGCCAAAACACCUGUAAUGAGAAAAUUUAAACAGAAUAUAAAAGAUUUCUUACAUGAUUAUCCUUCCUAUAUACGUUAUGGUUUAAUCCAUGAAUUAGUCCUCCUAUUUGGUGGAAUAAUUCCAGAUGUCAUCAGCAACGCAGAUACACAAUAUAUUUCGGAGUUAUUGAUAAUACAAGGUUAUAACGAAUUUGAUGAAGAUUAUGAAAGCAAAUGUGUGGAAUUUGUGCAAGAUAUAUUUCUACCCAAAUUUGAGGAGUUAAAGUUAAAACUUUCCCAAGAUGAAUUGCAGCAAGAAAAAACCUUUAUAAACUUGUGCAAUAAAUUGAAACAGUGCCAUGAUUAUUUCUGUCAGAGUAAAUAUUUUAUGACAAUGCUUGAACAAUACAUCAGUCCAAAAAAGAGGCUCUAUUACUUUAUUGUUAAACAGCUCGAUAUCAUUGAUAUCUUCCGUGGUAACAAUGAAAACAAUAUUGCCAGUGCCGUAAUAAAGGAUCAAAAACUUUCACAACUUAGUCCUGCCGUCAGGCAACACUUAAUAAUUAGCCUUAAUAACUUCAUUAUGAAAUUCGAAAGCAAUGAAGAUGUGGUUGAAUUGCACGAUUUGAAUGAUGAAUUCAAUAACAAUAUAUUAAUGAAAUUCUACUAUAAUAGGAAGUUGCCCUCAAAGGACAGAAGAUUGUUAAUGGAAAUCUUCAACAAAAAUGGUUAUGCGAAAUUUGUAUCCAAUUAUCGCUUAAAAUUUAAUGGUUUUAUUGAGCAGGGACUUUUAAAGGAAUUAAAAACAUUUCAAAAGUCUCUCAGUCGCAAAGAGUUGAAAAGUGAAAAGAACUUAAUAAAAUGCUUUGUUCAAUCAAAAGCUUUGACCAAUUUCUCUGAAAGAUAUGAUCAAUUUGAAAAAUGUUUUGUGAUACUACAAAACGAAUUGGAAACAGAAACUAUUUAAAAAUAUUUUUUAAAAUAAGACAAACAUUUAUAAGUUAUGUAGCUGUUUAAUAUAUACUAGGAUCGCCUGGUGGCCGAAAUUCGACCACUUUUAAAACGCUUUUAUGGAAAGAAUUUUUAAAUAUUUUUUAUAUUGUGCACAUCUAGAGAAAAAAACCAUAUAUUUUUCAUCAAUAUUGGUGGACAAUAACAUACCUAAAAGUGUACCAAAAAAAAACGUGUGGCCUAUUUAUAUAUAAGAAGAUUGAUAAUUGUUAAAAUGAUAUUUUGAAAAUUAAUAAAAACAAGUAAGAAAGUAUGGUCUUUCAAGCCAUAUAAUACCCUUCACUAAG